AGCUUAGGAUCUGAAUAUAGCGUUUAACUAACGAAAUAUAACAGUGGUGACGGGGAAAAACUACAAUCUAACAAGACAUAUCAGUGGCGACGAGAAAAAAUGACAAUGAGUAUUUCUUUAGAGCAAUUUGAAGCUUAUAUGGAGCGUCAAGAAAAACGGUUUGAAAAGUCUCAAAUCAGAGUCAUGGAAGCCCUUAUGCAGAAAUUGUGUAUGUCUCAACAAAACUCUUCUGCUGGUGAAUUUCAAGUAUCUCAUACUGACUCAGUUAUUAAUGCAAUCCAUGAAUUUAAUUUUGAUGGUGCAGCAGAUGUUACUUUUAACUCUUGGUUUAAGAAGUAUGAAGAUUUGUUCCGUAUUGAUCUCUGCAGACUGGAUGACGCUUCAAAAGUCAGAAUACUUCUAAGAAAGCUUGGGACAACAGAACAUGAACGCUAUAGUAACUUUAUUCUUCCGAAGAAUCCACGAGACUUUAGUUUUGAUGAAACAAUUCAAACCCUGUCUCAAAUCUUUGGAGAACAGUCGUCUCUAUUUAAUAUCUGUUAGCAGUGCUUGAAGAUAACGAAAGAAUCAGGAGAUGACUGGGUGAAACAUGCAGGUAUUGCGAACCGAGAAUGCGAGAGGUUCAAAUUGUCUUCCAUGUCUGAAGACCAGUUUAAAUGCUUAGUAUUUGUCUGUAGCCUGCGUUCACCUGAGGAUGCUGACAUCCGAACGAGAAUCCUAAGCAAACUUGAGCAUUGUCCCAACAUGUCCCUGCAGGAAGUAACUGAUGAAUGUCACACGUUAGUGAAUUUGAAGCACGAAACCUCGAUGGUAGAAAGCACUAACCAGUUCCCCCACGUUAAUGCUGUUGAGAGAAAAGUCGCGCAAGGUUCCAGCAUACAGAAUUAUCGAAAUGACAGUGGUAAACCAUCAUCCCCAUGCUGGUUAUGUGGAGGUUGGCAUUUCAAAAAGUUUUGUCCGUUUAAAAGUCAUCGUUGUACUACGUGUUCCAGGAAAGGACACAAAGAAAGUCAUUGCAAAACCCGAAAACGCCGUCAACCUAAAGUUUAUUCUAAAAGAUUCAAGCCACGCACAGCCAAGGUGACGGUAGCUGCUAACAGAAUCGGCUCCCAUAAUCGUAGAAAGUAUGUUUCCCUCAAGAUUAACGGGUACGAUGCCCGCUUACAGCUAGACACAGCCUCCGAUAUAACGCUUAUAAGCAGGAGGACGUCAGAGAGAAUUGAGAGGCCGAGAAUAUUUUCAACCUAUCAAUCAGCACACGGCGCAUCUGGGGGGAUUAUAAACAUUGCUGGUGAGGUUCACUGUAAAAUCACAGUCGCAGAGCUUACAAAGAAGGGAGUAAUAUUUUUGACAGAACGGCCAUCACUCGACUUAUUGGGGCUUGAUUGGAUAGAAAAGUUGGAAUUAUUAGAUCGUCCCAUAAACUCAAUCUGCAACAACGCCAGUAUGUCUGAAGUUGGGGACCCAACAUUGUUUCGUGGGGGAGGAUGAAGUCGGCAAAUGCAGUUUGGAUACCUAUCCCGAAUUUUCAAAAAAAGGGGAGGUGUUAAGUCGGCUUACAGAGAACUCUGACAGAGCCUCAACCAAUCAGCGAUUAGUUAGAA